AUGGCGUCAACAUUCAACAAUACGAUAUCAACCUCACGCCUCCUCCAACUCCCAGCCGAACUCCGUCUCAAGAUCUACGCAUAUGCCCUGUCCGUACCAAAUGAGUACCUCGUCAGCAAACCCAUGAUCGUCCUGGGCGAUCGUGGCAAGACCUUCACAGCCCGCGGUCAAUACCGAGCCUUAUCAAUGAGUCCUCACUGGAUUGGCGACGACGGCACAGCACGCCAGUUACUCCGUGUAAACCGCCAACUCCACGACGAAGCAGAAGACUACCUCUACUCCUCCCACACGCUCUUCCUGCGCAACUCCUUCAACCUCGACCGCCUGGGCCAGUUCCUCGACACGCUCAGUGCCACAGCCCGCGCACGCAUCCGCAGCGUCGGCUUCGAGAUCUUCUUCUUCGUGCACACGCAAACGGGCGUGCCCAAGCGCACUCUCAAACAAUACGAGUGUGCAGCGCGGCUCUUGUCGGAGAAAUUGCCGCUGUGGAAUAGCGUUCUCCUUUAUGUCGACCCACGCUUUUACUAUCCCUCUGCCAAUGUCGGGGGUCGGGAUCUCACGGCCCGAGGAGUGUUCGAUCUCGCCACGCGGUUCGGUGCCUUGUGCAAGGAUGUGAGCUUCUAUCCGUUGCCUAAUGGCGAUCAGCAUCUGCUGGAAGAGGCUCAGCAGUUUGUUUGGCGAAGUCGUUCACCGCGUCGGCUUUCCGAUGCUCGGUCGAUCAAGGGAUGUUCGGCUUGGUCGUUGGAUUGCGACUUCAAAAAGAAAAUGGCGCCAAGCCGGCAUCGGCCCACUCCUUCUGUUUGCUGA